CAGUGACGGGGCCGCCCGGCCGCUCGCCGGCUGCCGCGCAUGCGCAGAGGGAGCCCUGCCGCCUUCCGCUCCGCCUGUCACCUCACGGUCGGUGCCGCCGCACUCGGGAGCGGCAGCGGCAGCACCGGCACCGGGGCCGCCCUUUCCCCUUCCCCUCCACUUCCCGGCCGGGCGGCGGGUGCCACUCGGCAGCCGUGCCCGCGCCCCCAUGGAGGAGCCGCUGGCCCUGCACCCUGUGAAGCUCUAUGUCUACGACCUGUCCAAGGGCAUGGCCCGGCGCCUCAGCCCCCUCAUGCUGGGGAAACAGCUGGAUGGCAUCUGGCACACCUCUAUAAUAGUCCAUAAGGAUGAGUUCUUCUAUGGCAGUAGAGGAAUCUCCAGCUGUGCACCUGGAGAGACACUUCUUGGCCCCCCAGACUCAGUUGUUGACCUGGGGAACACUGAAGUCACAGAAGAAAUUUUUCUGGAAUACCUUUCCUCUUUGGGGGAAUCUAUGUUCCGAAGAGAGUCUUAUAACGUCUUUGAACGUAACUGCAACACCUUCAGUAAUGAAGUGUCACAGUUCCUGACGGGAAGAAAAAUCCCUUCCUACAUCACUGACCUUCCAGCUGAAAUUCUUGCCACACCUUUUGGACAAGCUUUAAGGCCCUUCCUGGACUCCAUCCAGAUCCAGCCACCCGGAGGAAAUACCUUCAGCAGACAUAAUGGACAGAGCUAACAGGAGUGACCCAGUGUGCCCAGCCUUACCAGGCCUCUUCCUUUUUAAACAUGAAUCUUACAGAUUUCUAUUUUAUAAUUUCCCAUCAGAAUUAACUCUACAGAAGUUACAAGACAAGUUUUGAAAUUUUCUAGGGAGAGGAUUUAUCAGGGUGCAUGUAAGACAAUGCUACCAAAAAGAUUGCCAUAAUUUCUAAUAGUAGUAUACUAAUUUAUAAAGGCUGUCUUGUCUGAGUAGGCUGACACUUUCUAAGUAACUCCCGUGCUGGUAAGUGGGAAUUGAUUCCGUGAGUAUUCAAGAGCCCAUUACACAACUUGGAAUAAAUAAGGGGAUGUUCUAGCCAUCCCUUGCAGGCUUGUAUCUCUUUCUCCUGUUACUGCCUAGAUUAUGGAGGUAUUUGCUGAAGUCUGUAGCAAAAAGACAAAGAGAGUAUUGGUAGCCUAAGAAGUGAAGGUGUCCCAGGAUUAGUCUUCUGCAUAUUUCAUUGACGUUAUGUUAUUUGCUCAGGGGAAAAGCUGAACGUACCUAAUGUGAAUAUUUGCAGUGGCACAGCUGUGUAGGAAAGGUGACCAAGCUGGACUGUGUGUCAGUGUCACACUCAGAAGUUGAAACUAUCAAUGGGGUUAGCUGUGUGUGGGAGGGAGGCUGGAACUGAAGGUUACCAAGAGCCUCGUAAUGCUAGAUCCAAGAGUUAUCAGAAAGAACCAGCUGAAAGAACAGAAUCUCAGCAGCAGAAGGGGUGGGAACAAAUUUCAGGUGAAUGUAAAAUGAAGUGAAACGUUUCCUUUUCUCACAUGUAAGCUUAUCAGCAGAUAGACGGAACCUUGUAAACCAUGCAUAAACCUUUGCAUAAGAGCUGGGGGGUUUUCUUACCGACCCAGAGUUACAGUAGUACAGUAAGGCAGGAGUAGCAUGGCAACUGCACAUAAUACAAGGUGGACCAAUUCUGCCUUCAGUAUCUAAUUGCAGACACAGUAGGAGUUCCAAAUUUCUUUGAUGCUGCUGGCUUUUCCAAAGCAGUCAAGCAUGUCACAGAGAGGGCUCUGCUUAAGUGUAAAAAAAAAAAAAAAAAUAUAGGUGGUAGGUCUCCUCAGAUGAAAAGAAAAUGAGGAAGAGUAAAAUUAAACUUUUCUAUGGAACAACUGAGGUGAUUGGUAUGCAUGCAGAAGCAGUCCUGUCCUUAGAUUGACAUUAGAUUAUAUCAAUACUGCAUCUUCUUGUUUAAGAUUCUUACAGCUUUGCAAUUAUUUGCAGUGGCAAAAGAUCAGGGGAAUGAAAGAAUAGGCACACUGAUUUCUUUUCAUGCAUGUAUGUACACUAUUUUCCUGAACAACUUUGUAGCAGUUACAUUUAGGAAGGAACACAAGAAAGAUACCGGACAAACCCCAAAACAUUGCUGAUGCUCCAUAAAGGGGGAUUGCAUGUCCCAGCUGCUGCUGAAGAAGCAUCUAUGCUAACGUAUAGUUUUUUGUCCAUUGCUCUGUUGGGAAAAGCAUUGCUGCAAGUUCAGUCCUGCAUCUCAAAUGCUGUUACUCAGUGGGGACUAUAAUGGUUCAUAUUUUUGAGGGGAUGGAAUGGAGGAAAACUGCAGUUUAGUCAUUCUGUCAAAUACUUUGUUGCCUUGAUCCUUGUGGAGUCACUACACAAGUGGAAAUAGUCCAUUUUGCAGUUCUGUGUGUACCUGCUCUCAGCAGUGGUUCAUGAAGCCCAGAUUUUUUGUUUGUUUGUUUUUUCCUUGUUAUUCUUUGCUUGUGCCAUCAACUUCUUAAGCAUUUCAUCUGAUGGACUGGACUUGGAGACAACUGUAGUAGUUAGUGCAGAUCAGUUUAUAUAAAAUCUUUCCCCAUCAAAAUGUCCGGUUUGCAGAAAACAUUCUGUAAUAAAUUAUUUAUGAAUGCCUUUUGGUGCUUCUGGAGGAAGGAUUGGUGUUUGUUUUCUGCUAAGCCAUAGCUUACUUUUCCCAUUUAGUAUGUAUACCCUCUCCAGUCUUUUCCCAUACCUAUUCCGGGAAGAGUAACCCAUCUCUCAUCUCAGUACACACACGACUGCCACAAAAAUGCUGUAGCAUGUUAGAGAUCUUGGAGCUUCCACAGCUGAACAGGUAUACUCAAGCUGGUGAUAGAGUGCAGCCCAGUAUCUAGGUAUGCUAGUUUGGUACCUGCAACCAGCACAGCUCUGGUUGCUCGCCUUUCAGCAAACUGUCACUUGAGGCGCAGCUGCCCGCGGUGGAAGCACCGGUGCCACAGUUUCUGCCCUGCACUCUUGCACAAUGAGGAUAUCCCUCUAUGUCCACCACUUGAGAGGUCUUGAGCCUGGUUUCUGCUUGGCUGCCUACCUCAGGAUUUUUUACAUCCUCUCGGGAGUCAGGAAAGAAAAAGGAAGAUGUUCACCCCAUGCAUUUUGCAAUCUGUCUUUUCUCCUCCUGAGCAGCCCCUUUGCAGGGAUCAUGCUGCUUCUCUAAGGUCACUGGGUAAAAUUUCACUUGGCUAUAAACUGUUUGCAACAGCCAAGGAGUCCUAAGGGAUCUCCUGGGCUCAGGACCUACCCUGUGUUUUAUGGCAAAAGAACUGCAGGAGGGAAUCCAAUUUGCUUGGUCUUACUGGACAAUGAGACCCCUGUACCCUGUGGGCCUCUUAGGAAACCCAUUUUCUCCAAAGACGGUUAUGUACAAACUGCAGGACUGUGCCCCCAACAUUCCACCCAGCCAUACCUACUCACAGGAGCAUAAACUAGACUGAGAAGUGUAUGUAAGUGUAUAUAGGUGACAAACUUCAGCCGGCUGAUGGACAAAGGGGCAGAGGGAAACUGAACUCCUGAAAGGGAACGGAACCCUUUUGCCCACACUUACUAUUGUCUUGUAUUGCUGGGGUUUUCCCGUGCCAUUUUAAAAAUGUUAAUAAUGUCUUUAGGCAGAAAGUGAUGUUUUGAUUUAUUUGUGGUUUUUUUCUAUUACAAUAAAAAGAAAUACAGCCAGUUUUCCUGUUUGAAUGUAUGUGUCCACACAGCUGCCCAGCAAAUGCAGCUAACCAGGAAUAGUCAUCUUCACUCUGGUCCCAGCUGGAAAGGGCAAGAUGAGAAACCAUCCAAGCCGUUUUGCCGGGUACUGCGACUGGAAGUAGAAGUGGCCCCUGCCCUUUGCUAGAACUGGUCACAGGCAAUAUUUUCAAGUUUGGGAAACUUUUUCUCCUGCACCAUGGCAUCUUACCAAGGCCACACUCCCGAGGCUUGACGACACAGCUUGGGUGAGAUGAAUGAAGGCUGGACAGUAGGUAUUCUGUCAGCAUGGGUUUUGUGGAGCCCUUGCUCAUCUAAGGGUGCAAGAAUGAAAUGUCUAAUGUCUGCUGUUGAAGAAGAGGACAGACAGAGCUUAAACAUAGGAAAAGGCUCUAAGCUUUUUCUGAUUGUCUUGAUGCUACUACUUUCAAAAGGAAAAAAGCAGCUUUAAGAAGUAAACCUCAUGCCUGGGUUCCUCUGGAGCUACAGAGGGAAUAUUGCUGAGGAUUGUGAAGCACUGCCCAUUGUGCCUCUGCCAGUGAGCUGUUAGGGAGCGAGGGAAAUACCUGGCUCUGGGGAAGAAAUUAAUUCUGCUUGGUUCAGCCUUCUGAAUGCUUAUUGAUGGCAUACAAAUGAUAAACCACAGUUUGCUGUUCGUGUAACAGCCUGUAUCAGUGUGAUACAGAAGAGGUCCUGUAAUGGAAGGGAGCUUUAACGAAGAUUCAUGAUUGUGGUUAUUUUGGGCUGUGUUACUCAAAUGUGGUGCUGGUUUGCUACUGAGUACCAGUACUAGCACCACAUAAAAUAUCUGAGAACAUAUAAAAGGAAAACCUUGACCUUAAUGGCAGCCCUAGGCAGAGCAUAAGCCAGCGCUUACAGCCACUUACUUUCUCAACCUCAAAUAACACAUUUGCCCUUGCUUCUAGUAACAGAGAUUUUAUUCAUGAGGACAGCUGCUGCCUAUCCAAGCAGCAAUCAAGGGAAUGUAUCAAGAGUGGUUUAAGUGCAAACUAUUAAAUAACAGAAACAGCUGCAGCAGCCUUGUUCUCAGAGCUAACCCAGAUGAAGGAACAAGCACAGCUGCACGCUUCACCAAAAGUCAGGCUCAUACUCUUGGGGAACCAAGAUGCCACAGGUCCUCACUGGCUGAUACCAAAGGGCAAUCAAGGUGCUGGGAGAGGUAUUUUAACUUGAAUAGAGUUUCUGAAGCAGCAUGACAAAUAAGCUGGAGAAAACACAGCAGUAGUUCAAGUUUUGGAGAGCUUUCCUGGUCGCAUAAACUCGAUGGCACUGUAGGAGCGCGGAAACGUGAACGCUGACCUGUGUUUUAGCAGACUUCCCAGUUCUGGGAAGUGCCCCGAGGUGGCACUGCUGCCUUGCCACGCAGGGAUGCACCUGAGCCCAGGGAGAGCGGCUCCUGCUUUUGGGAUGUCCAAGAGUAAUAAUGCAACGGGCGAGGAGGAAUGUCUCACCCAGACGAGGCGGCUGCGGGUAGGAGCAGCCGGGGCUACGCCAAGAACCCAGUGCUGCUACAAAGCCCGGGCUGUAACAGGAGUGAGUUGGCAGGUUUUCCUAACACCACGCCUCUUCCACCCGGACGUGGGAAGUCUCAUCCUCGUAUCAUGUUGUGGUUUAUGAAAAAUAAAGGCUUGCGUUCCUGAA